AUGGACCCAAGCUUAGUUUUAGAGCAGACAAUACAAGAUGUGUCAAAUCUCCCAUCAGAAUUUCGUUACCUUCUAGAAGAGAUCGGCUCAAAUGAUUCAAAGCUCAUCGAAGAAAAAAAGAGAUACGAGCAAAAAGAAUCACAGAUACACAAAUUUAUAAAGCAGCAAGGCUCAAUACCAAAACAUCCACAGGAGGACGAACUUGACAAAGAAAUAAAGGAGUCACUUCUAAAAUGCCAAUAUUUGCAAAGAGAAAAGUGCGUUCUGGCGAACACUGCCCUGUUCCUAAUUGCUAGACAUUUGAAUAAGUUGGAAAAAAACAUCGCUUUAUUAGAGGAAGACGGCGUACUAGCUCCCGUAGAAGAAGACGGAGACGUGGAUAGCGCAGCUGAAGCCUCUAGGGAGAGCUCAGUCGUGAGUAGCAGCAGCGUGAAGAAGAGAAGAGCUGCAUCCAGUUCAGGAUCUGUACCACCGACUCUGAAAAAGAAAAAAACUAGUCGCACAUCUAAACUGCAAAAUGAGAUUGAUGUUUCUUCCCGAGAAAAGUCUACCACUCCCGUGAGCCCAAACGUUGAAAACAAGAUGGCAAGAACCAAAGAAUUCAAGAACAAUAGAAAUGGCAAAGGCCAAAACGGUUCACUUGAAAAUGAGGAGGAAGACAAAACUCUGUACUGCUUCUGUCAAAGGGUCUCCUUUGGAGAAAUGGUUGCUUGCGAUGGUCCCAACUGUAAAUAUGAGUGGUUUCAUUAUGAUUGUGUAAAUUUAAAAGAACCUCCAAAAGGAACAUGGUAUUGCCCCGAAUGUAAAGUUGAGAUGGAAAAAAACAAACUGAAGAGGAAACGUAACUAA